AUGCUUCUUCUUGGUGGUUCUGUGGUUGUGAAUGCACUCACUGGAGUGAACAUUUAUGCUGCAAGUUUUCUUAUUCCUCUCGGUGUUAUUGUCUAUACACUAGCAGGAGGGUUAAAGGCCACCUUCUUGGCAAGUUAUGUACACUCUGUAAUAGUUCAUGUGGUUCUAGUCAGCUUUGUGUACCUAGUGUACACAGCAAGCAGUGAGCUUGGCAGCCCAAGCAUCGUAUACCAUCGCCUAUUGGAGGUUGCAAGCAAAUCAAGAAGCUGUCAGGAGCCACUCUCCAAUGUUGGGCAAUCUUGUGGUCCAGUUAGUGGGAACCACAAGGGGUCUUACCUCACAAUGCUGAGUUCUGGUGGACUAAUUUUUGGGAUCAUCAACAUAGUUGGAAAUUUUGGUGCAGUUUUUGUUGACAAUGGAUAUUGGGUAAGUGCCAUUGCUGCAAGACCAUCAUCGACUCAUACGGGCUACUUGUUAGGUGGGCUGGUAUGGUUUGCUGUUCCAUUUUCUUUGGCAACUGCACUUGGUCUAGGAGCACUAGCCCUAGAUUUACCUAUAACUGCAAGUGAGGCAAGCCGUGGACUUGUUCCUGUGGCUACAGCUAUUGCUUUGAUGGGGAAAGGAGGAUCUGUUCUUCUCCUCACCAUGAUUUUUAUGGCUGUGACAUCUGCUGGUUCAGCUGAGCUAAUUGCUGUCUCUUCAUUAUGCACAUAUGACAUCUAUCGUACGUAUAUAAAUCCAGAUGCAACUGGAAAGCAAAUACUGAAAGUGUCAAGGGCUGUUGUGCUCGCCUUUGGAUGUUUCAUGGGAAUUUUGGCAGUAAUACUGAACAAGGCUGGAGUUUCUCUUGGUUGGAUGUAUCUUGCCAUGGGUGUAUUCAUUGGCUCAGCAGUUCUUCCCUUAACUUUCUUGCUUCUAUGCCGAAAAGCAAACGCAAUAGGCGCCAUUCUUGGGGCAAUUAUCGGUUGCAUUCUCGGGAUUAUCACUUGGUUGUCAGUUGCAAGUGUUGAGUAUGGCAGGGUAAAUCUUGACACGACUGGCCGAAAUGCACCGAUGCUUGCUGGAAACCUUGUUUCGAUACUUACUGGUGGCGCUGUUCAUGUUAUUUGUAGUUUGUUGUGGCCUCAGGACUAUGACUGGGUUACCACUAAGCAGAUAACUCUGGUUGAGAAGGAAAACAGUGAAUUGCCAGCUGAAGAGUUCAGGGAGGAAAAGCUGGUGAGAGCAAAAGCUUGGAUAAUGAAAUGGGGUGUUGGUUUUACUGUUGUGAUUGUUAUAUUGUGGCCUCUGCUUACACUUCCUGCAGGACAAUUCAGUAAGGGGUACUUCACAUUCUGGGCCAUCAUAGCUAUAGCAUGGGGCACCAUUGGAUCAGCUUUGAUUAUCGCGUUACCAUUGAUGGAAAGCUGGAAGACAAUCCAAACUGUUCUUCUUGGCAUGUAUACCAAUGACAGGCUCAUGGAAAAGGUUGAAGAAUUGAAUUUCAAGCUGCACACGAUAAUGCUGGCAGUGCCCGAAGCAGAGAGAAUAUACUUACUUGAGAAAGAGAAGGCCAAGAAGAAAGAAGCAUCAGAGAGAGUCCUUCACUCUGCUACUGCUUAAUAGCUUUGUUUGGGUCAGCUUUCUCUGCUCGGACUGCAAUAGAAGCACAAUGCUUUUAUUUGGAUAUCACAAUGCUUAAUUAAAGUUGAUUUUCUAAAUAAUGAUUGUUUCAGCAAGUGGCUUCAACAAGAGCGGACGAUGUGGUGUUCUGUAAUUGGAUAGUGAUAGUACGUGUCAAUGAUGUAUUAUAUAUUUACCGGGGAUUGUGCAUUCUACCCUUCUGUUUCUUUCUUUCACAUUCAGUAACAUAAAAGGACGAUUGGCUAUGAGUCCUACAGCUUAAGUGUGUGCACAAACCAAAAUUAAUUAGAUUUUC